CCCCGGCCCCUAUUGGCCACGGCGCGGCGGUGUUUCCCGCGCUACCGCAUUUCCCGCGCUGCGGCGGUCCCCGCGCGGGCGGCAUGGCGGGGGAGCGGGCUGUGGGGCUGGUGCGGGAGCUGCACCGCGCCACCGGCGGGCACCUGCCGCCCUUCCGGACGGAGGGGCUGCGGCAGGCGCUGGAGGAGAUGCGGGCGCUGUACGAGCGGAACCAGGCGGACGUGUCCGAGGCGAAGGCGGGGCGGGCCGACUUGAUCUUCCUCAUCCGUUUUCGGCACUGCUGCCUGCUCCGGAACCAGCGCUGCGUGCUGGCCUACCUGUACGACCGGCUGCUGCGGGUGCGGGCGCUGCGCUGGGAGUGCGGCAGCGUCCUGCCCAACGCCGUCCAGCUCCAUCUGUCGGUUGAGGAAAUGGAGUGGUUCAAUCUGUACAAAAAGUCUCUGGCUACCUACAUGAGGUCAGUAGGAGGAGAGGAAGGGCUGGACCUUACACAGGACAUUAAACCUCCUAAAAGCCUGUACAUUGAAGUGCGGUGUUUAAGAGACUAUGGAGAGUUUGAGAUUGACGAUGGUACCACCGUCCUGUUGAAAAAGAAUAGCCAGCACUUCUUACCCCGGUGGAAAUGCGAGCAGUUAAUCAGACAAGGAGUCCUCGAGCACAUUCUGUCGUAAGCGUGCAGGACAGGAGGGGACAGCCUUUGCUCGGUGGCCUGCCUGCAACAGGGACUGAACUCUGGUGUACGCAGGACUUCAGACACCUCAGGAUUUCUGCAGUAGGCACCCUGCCACUCCUCUUUAACAGCUUAGGUUUUGUCAGUGUGCUGUCUGGAGCAGUUCUUUGUUCCCACUGUGCAUGUGGGAGUAAGACACCAACUGGCUGGGCUCCAGAAGCUAGGAGAGCUCCAUGAUUGCAGAAUAAAGAACUGCUUCACCCUUCA